AUGCUACGCGUUAACACAUCCAAUUUCGUUCCAAAAUAUAUUAGCGGCCGUUGGGUUUGGAAUGAAGAGAAAGAAAAAUUUUUAUUUGACUGUCGAAAGGAUGCUUCAAAAGAGGCAAAAAAAGACGAAUUCAUGAUGACGAAUGGUUUUAAUUUUUCUACAACUCUCAAUCAAGUACACGAGCUCAUUUACCGCCAGGAAUUCCAAAGACCCCUUAUAUCCUACGACUAUGAUUUUAUUACAACACAAGACGUCCAAAAUUUGGUUGCAUUUUUGGCACCGUCAACAUUAUUGAGUAAAAGUUUGGUUGAGUUUAUUAACACCGAAACAGUUGCGUCUUUCCUAAAGGCUCUGAUAAUUUAUUUUCAAUAUUUCUUGCAAGUAGUAGAGUUUAUAUUAAUUCAACGGGAUGAGAUAACCGGAGAAAAGGCUAUAUUAUUAAAUGCUGAGAAUCCUGAUAUGCAACGCGCAUUUUCAGCUCACUUGCAACAAUAUCGCUUGCUAGUGGCUCGAGAAUAUAGUCAUAUUAUUUUGGGAGAAGGCGACACAAAAAAAUUUUAUCACAUUAAACCCAUCGUGAAUAUAUCAAGAUCAAGUUUUGAUGAUUCAUUUCAUGAAGCGUUUUUGGCUUAUUGUACUCAGGUUGUUUGGAUUACGUUGCAUCGACGUGCCUACGACGUUAUUGACAUGGAAAUGAACCGUUUGUUCCGUUCGGAACAUUUCAAAUUGACAAAAUAUCCAAGAUAUCAAUUCACCAAACCGGAGGCCCAAACGUUAUAUGGUCCAAAUUACAAACUAUGUAAUUAUCGAACUCAAAAUUCGCCAUUAAUUCAGGAACUAACCAAAGUGGAUAAACGUAAUUUACCAAUUUUAUACAUAGGAAAACAAAAGUAUCGUGGCAAUGAUCUUCGAAUAAUGCAAAUUGAAUUGGAAUAUAUUGUGGAUUCGGCGCAAUUGUCUCUAAUUGGAUUUAAUUUGGGUAUAUUAGGACAUCCGAAAAGGCUCUACAAUACACUUUUAAGACUUGACUGGGAGGCAGUGCGGAAGAAUAAUUUUUCGGCAACCUAUGAUCCCUUCGGCAUCUUUAGGCAACCUCAUUUGGAGAUACCUUCUUUAGACGAAGAGAAACUAAGACAGUACAGUGAAACCUAUGAUUCCCUUUAUGAGGUGAAAAGAAGAAAUGAAGUUUGGAGCCCCUCUAUGAUUAGAAAGUGGAAGAAGCGCGAUAAAAUUGUGAAAUAUUUUGAGGCGGAAGGUGUCAUCUCAGACGUUUGGGUAAAGUGCAUCAAGGAAGUUGCUGAUACUUCUGAUGGGCCAUCAGUUGAAGGAAUUGUAAAGAAAUUUCUCGAUGAAAAAGCAAAACUUCGAAAGGGGAAACAAAGAAAUCGAAUAGCAUGA